GCAUUCGAGGCAGAAUAAAGAAACGCUGGCUUGUAAAGCUGGAGGAGUAGAGGAGAGGCAGGCAGACAGGCAGUAGGAGCGUUAUUCGUAGCGGUAUUUUUCGCAUUUGCCCCCUUUUCGUGGAGCUCCCUCCCGGUGCGCCGCUCGUCACGCAGGAGCCCAGCUGCCCUCCAGUCUCGCCGUGCACUCCGGCCCCCGUGUGACACACGGCGCAGCGCUCAGCCCACGGCGGAUACGCUGCACCUUUUCAAAACUGCGCUUUGCACAUCUUAAGUGAACAUUUAAAAAUGAUUAAGCUCUUUUCGCUGAAGCAGCAGAAGAAAGACGAGGAAUCGGCGGGAGGAACUAGAGCUGGAGCCGGGGGCAAGAAGGCGAGCGCGGCCCAGCUCCGGAUACAGAAAGAUAUAAAUGAGCUCAACCUCCCAAAGACCUGUGAGAUUGUUUUCCCUGAUCAGGAUGAUCUACUGAAUUUCAAACUCAUCAUCUCUCCAGAUGAGGGAUUUUACAAAGGUGGACGGUUUGUCUUCAGCUUUAAGGUGGGACAAGGAUAUCCACAUGAUCCUCCGAAAGUGAAGUGCGAGACCAUGGUGUACCAUCCCAACAUUGACCUGGAAGGCAACGUCUGCUUGAAUAUCUUGAGAGAGGACUGGAAACCUGUGUUGACAAUUAACUCCAUCAUCUACGGAUUACAGUAUCUGUUUUUGGAACCCAACCCAGAAGAUCCCCUGAAUAAAGACGCAGCAGAGGUCCUUCAGACAAACAGGAGGCUGUUUGAGCAGAAUGUACAGAGAUCACUGAGGGGUGGAUAUGUUGGGGCGACUUACUUUGAACGAUGUCUUAAAUAAUCCUCAGGUUCUCCUAAUAUAUAAAUAUAUAUAUAUAAAUGGCCAAUUUACCCAGACUUACUGACGGAGCAGACGAAUCACUGUGGGCGAGGGAAAGACAUGCAGAUAGUCAAAUGCUUCUUUUGGAAAUUUAAAAUGGCAAACGUCACCACACUGAAAUCCAUGGCUCGCUGAGGUCAACCUGAUUCACUCUCCAGAUACGGACUGAUGUACAUUUCCCAUGCAAACACGCAUUUACAGACACAGGCGAAAGACUCAGAACACUGUACAGGCUCAAUGGAACACUGAUAUUCACACUGGACAGGCACCCAAGGCAAGAUGCACGUACAAAAAGAGAACCAUUCAUAUACAAGCUGACUGAGGAAUCACAUAGUUGUGCAAAUAGGGCUAUGUUAUCGGGAAGGGGGUGAAAUCUUCAUGUGUAGUAGGAUUUUUUUUGGGGGGGGGGUUACUUGUUUUGAUGGGGGCUUAAAAAUGUUAGUGCUAUGGUGUAUAUUAAAAUCCUAGCUGUUCACAGCUGAUGACUGCGAUAUAAUUACAUUGAAUAUUAUAAACAAUUAUAAUUAUAGUAAAAUUAAUGCAAACCAACAACUUAUAUUUGAGGAUGGACAAAUACAAAUAAAGUAUUUUUUUUUUAAGAAACGUCAGUCAGUGUCAGUGAAUUAAGUAUUUAUCUUAUUUCUUGUCAGUUUAUAAUGUAGAUAAAUAACUACCAGUUUUUGCUCUUUAAUUGUUUAAGUGCCUGCAUAAUGACACAAGAAAAUGGCUGGGGACCUGUGUCUCGUCAUACGUUUUGUACAGCCUGUGAUCUUCACAAACUUUAACACUUCAUGCCCUGUAACCCAUCAUGACGCUCUUCAGAUACAUUUUUGAUUUCAUCAAAUAAAAGCAUUGGCAACCGGAUUUUAUCAUGCCAUUAAGGCUGUGGAUAAAUGUUUAAAAGAGCAAUAUAAAUCCAUGAUUUUGCCUAAUGGAGAUGGUGACCAAGUGUAUAUGGUUUUUUUUUUUAGGGGAGGGGGGCUCCUGGUUGGAUCUGUUCAUUGGGAACCUUCUCUUGCAUUCUUGGGGUUUUUGACUGCGAGCUGGCACCACUGCGGCUCCUUCAUGCCUCCUGUUCUGCAGUUACUGAUAUGUCUGGCCACAGAUGUCUUCUUGGGGGUAGUCCAUAGGCGAAAAUGUAUAAACUCAUCUGCAAAUGCUAAUUAAUCUUAAUUCUUUCUAGUUCUCCUUGAUAUUUUAAGUUAAUGAGCUGCAUUUUGUAAAUUUCAUGGAGGCAGCUGCUGAAACCAUGCAGUAAUAAAAUGAGAAUUGGAUGCUUUGAGUUUCAUUCGCCACCGAAUUCCCCAGCUUGUGGUUGUAUUCGUUUACUGCGGACUCUCCGAUGAAAUGCUGUUUGUUUAAUCGCUUAUGACUGGUCAGUGAGUUUGUCACCAUCCUUCAAAACGGGUGCAGUCUGUCCAUUUUAGAUGGGUAAAUGACAAAUGACGAGUUCAAAAUUGAAACCCAAAAUGAAUUAAACUUCAUACAAACAUCUACUUUUAAAAUACUUUAUUAAAUGACAUGGAUGCAGUUUUUUUUUUUUUUAAUAAACAUUUUAGCAUAAUUUGGUACACUUGUCCUGUUACACCUCCAUGCUGAAUUAUGGAUCUGGAUCAUGAUCCCUCUUGUUACUUUUCAUAUCUUCUUCCCCUCAACCCUACACUUAACACAUUUCCUUUUUUUAUUCUGUUGCCUCUGUCUAGUGAUAAAUGCUUUACAUUUAUUAUAAUUUAUUUAUGGACAUAUUAGUGACAAUUGAUAUGGCAUGAUUUUGGUGACUGAUGCAAAACAUUAAAAGCUGGAAAAUUAGUUUUUUAUGUUUAUGAACUAGUGAAUAAUUACUUAAGAUAAUUACAGGUAUAUCCUUGAUCCCGUGAAAUGCAUGUUAAACUCAACAGCAAAAAAAAAACCCAUUCUAUACAUGUGUUUCAUUUGUAACUAUUUCCAUCUGUAUUCCUGGAUGAACAAGGAGAAAUCCAUUUAGUUAUUCACACGCUGUCCAUUGUUCCCCCAAUCUAGUUAAUCGGCAAAGAGGACUAUAUUGGUUAACAAUGGUCUGUAAACACACACUCCGAAGACCAACAUGAUCAGAAUUGGUGAAUCUCCAGAUAUUUUGUUCUUGCUGCUCCCUAAAGCUUGUGAGAACAGGAUUGAUAUCACCCUGACACUUGUGUCUAAAUAAGCACUGCAGAAGUCUUUGUCCUUUCAGAAGGAAUUUGUAAACCAAUAAAGCUUGUAAUACAACUGAAAA